CUUCUGUUGGUUCACCCCCGAAAUGGCCGCUACAGCCGGUGCGCUACGCUGAUCCAAAGCCAGGAGCCAGGUACUUCCUCCUGGUCUCCCAUGAGGAUGCAGGGACCAAGCACAAGCACUUGGGCCACCUCCACUGCACUCUCAGGCCACAGCAGAGAGCUGGACUGGAAGAGGAGCAACCGGGACAGAAUUGGCGCCCCAACUGGGACUAGAACCUGGGGUACUGGCGCUGCAGGCGGAGGAUUAGCCUAGUGAGCCCUGGCGCCAGCCUGAUAGCAGGAUUUUGUAGUCGGCAGCAGGAGACAAAGAAGUCAGUGCAAACACUUUGUUCUCUUUCUAGACUUUCUAAAUAAUUGAAUUUUUAGAGAAAGGCAGAAAAAUCUGCCCAGGGAUGCACUAGUUUUACAGUGAGAACUGGCGCCAUGAGAGUGGCUCGUUCCUUAGCACAAGUAUAGGAGAGACACUAAACUCUAAGGUGUUGUUACCUGCCUUGGGUGCAGGGAAGAUAAAUUAAUUCCAUGCCUCUCAAGUCUUUUCCAUGAAAUUUAAAUAGAGAUCAUGGUUCUACUUGGUUUUGAGUUGUCAACCUUGAUUGGAAUAAAAGGCAUAUUUUUAUUAUAAAUUUUCAUAAAUGCCUUUAAAAUCCCACAGCUUUUUGUUAAUAUUCAAUCCCAGUGCAAGCUCAUGAUUGCUGAAGAGAGUUGCUGGCUUUGUCAGCCACAGCACACACACACUACCCCCACUCCAAACUUUAAAACAGCAGUUUUGCUAGCUCCUUUUCUCUGCUUUUUCUGCCUGUUACCAGAGGAGCUAGGCAGUAUUAGCAACUACAACCCAAGAUGAGUAAAGAAAGGGGAAAAAUAAAAUGUAAAUGAAGAAGCCAACUAAAUUCAAUACCUAUUCAUUUUGUAUCUGUCAUAUGCCAGUCAUUUUGCUAGCCACUGGGCAUGCUGUCAUCAGUAAGAGAGAUACAAUUUCUGUGAUGGUGAUCACAUCUGAGAGUGGAAGACAUGAUAGGUCUUACAGAAAUGGAAAUGAGAAGGCAUGAAAUAACUCAGGCAUUCAUCCUACUCAGGGUGUAGGAAAAGCUUUCCCAAGGGGCAAGCAAUUCAGCUGGGAUUCGAAGUGCUGAAGAUGGAAGAGAAGUUUCCCCCACCACUGAGCACUGUGGAUUACACUGUAGAUUCCAGGAUCUGAAGAAGUUGGAUGUUGCUGGUCAUGGCUUGAAUGGGGACAGGACAAGUAGGGGAUCCUGAUCGGUGUGACAUCUGGGGAAAUACUCCUCUACAUUAUGCAGCCUCCAAUGGCCAUGCCCAUUGUGUCUCAUUCCUGAUCAACUUUGGGGCCAACAUCUUUGUCCUGGAUAAUGACUUACAGACUCCUUUGGAUGCUGCUGUCAGCAGGGAGCAGAAUGAAUGUGUGGCCCUCCUGGAUAAGGCUGCCACUGUACAGAACAGUAUGAACCCCAAGAAGGUCGCCAGGCUGAAGGAGCAGGCUCAGAAGAAUGCCAGGAAGCAGAUCAAAGAGUGUGAAAGGAUCCAGGAGAAGCACCAGAAUAAGAUGGCCCACACCUACAGCAAGGAGGAAUCUGGGACUCUCUCUUCAUCCAAGGGUACAUUCUCGAAGUCAUCCUUUUCAAAUGCUUCUGCCUCCGGUACAUUUGGAUCCCUGUCUAAGGGCAUUAAGGAUACCUUCAAGUUAAAGUUCAAGAAAAACAAAGACACAGCGGAGCAGGUGGGAAGGGAAGGCAGAAGUGGGCAGAAGAAUGUGAUGGAAAUGUUCAGAGAGGAGGAAGAAGAUUCCUUCUCAGAGGACUUCAAAGAGAAGCUCCAGAUCCCAGCAGAGGAGGACAGCAGUGGGCAACAUGAAUCCAUUCUCAACCGUCCAGGUCUAGGAAAUAUUGUUUUUCGAGGAAACAGAGUAUCAAUCCCUGAAGACAUCUCAGACAGCAAGAGGGAGUUGGAAUUCCAAAUGCCCAGGGAAUUGCUUCAGAGACAAGAAGAAGCAGAGGCUGAUGAAGAGAUAGAGGACAACAGCCCUGGAGAUGACCUGCCUUGGGAUGAGGCUGAAGUGGAGUGGGAGGAGGAUGUGGUCGAUGCCACUCCCCUGGAAGUCUUCCUGCAGUCCCAUCAUCUGGAGGAAGUCCUCCCCAUUCUCAUGAGAGAGGAGAUCGAUCUAGAAGCUCUAUUGCUUUGCUCUGAUGAGGACCUUCAGAACAUACAAAUGCACUUGGGUCCCAGGAAGAAAGUACUUAAUGCCAUAAACAGAAGGAAGCAGGUGCUACAACAGCCUGGGCUGCUGGUUGACACCAGCCUCUGAUGCAGAGUGGUGGAUCAGCAGAGUGAGUCUACAUGGCCCACUCCAGGCACUCCAGGAAGCACUCCAGGCAAAAUCCCCUCUCUGCUCAAUGCCAGGCCACCAUGAAUGGUUUCUAGGGUUUUGGAUAGGCCUACCUAAGAGGCCCAAAUUCUGUCUGGGAAAUUCUCUAUACCCCAUCUGAAUAAACCAUCACCAAGACACUCAAGACAACCUCAGAACAAGAAAAUGGCAUUUGUCUUCAGUUAUCCUUUCGAUAUUUUUGAAUAAAGAAAUGGUCAAAUGGAUGACAGAAAGGGAAAAGAAGCUUUCUUUACUUUUCUAACUCUGUACUUAAAUUUACAAACUCCCAUCCCACUAGUCUGCUGCUUUCUUUCUAAUCCGCAUAGGCUGGGGAUUCUAACUCUGGUGCUGUGGUUCACUCUGACUUUGUGUUCUGGUGGAAACUAAAGCACCAGUGGAGGCAUUGGCCUGGGGCUUGAUGCCCUAUUCAAGUGCAUCUAACCUUUUAACAUGUUUACAACUAAUAGAAAUGGGUCUAUCAUGCUCAUACCUGACAGGGUGGCAGGUAGGAAGAGUAAAGCAAGAAAUAAAAUGUAGAGUACCUGUCAUAAACUAAAUUGUAUACCCCCAAAAUGCAUAUGUUGAAGACUUAACCCACCAAUGUGACUAGGUUUGGAGACAGGAUUAAAUGAGAUCAUAAGGAUGGGUCCCUAAUCUCAUAUAACUGGUGUCCACAUGAGAAAAAGAAGAGAUGCCAAGGAUGCAUGCAGAGAGAGAGAAGGCCAAGUGAGGACACAAUUCUUCUUACAGUGAGAAGCUGAAGGAGAGAGACCUCAGGAGAAAAAAAAAAAAAAAAACCUGCCAUCUCUCAGUCUUGAACUUCCAGCCUCCAAAACUGUGAAAAAAAAUAUAUGUCUGUUGUUGAAGCCACUCAGUCUAUGGUAUUUUGUUAAGGCAACCCCAGCGGAGGAACAGAGUUCUUAUGCAAGAGGGUAGAGGAAGAGAAAAAGGAUACAGAAAAAUGUCUGACCUAAUGACUUUUCUAGGAGUAAGUGAUGCCUUCUACUUAGAAAAGGGAAAAUAAAACCCAGGUUUUUUUGUGGGGAAGAUUGGAUUAUAAAGGUAAAGUUUGACAUUU